UGGUAAGUAAGCGCCCGCAAUCAUAAGCUUCAUUGGCUUCCUUGUUUAGUUCCGUCUCCGCCUCCCUCCUUCCUCCAUAAAAAAGCAGCCUUGACGUGGGCUUCUCUCUGCCCUCUGAUCAACCUGCCCUCUUCUUCCUCUUCCUCUUCCUCUUCCUCGAUCGGGCCUUGGGCUAUCCAUCUUUUUCAGAGAACAUGGAAGACGUAGAUGGUUGGGAAUUGCUUGCAGGGGAUGGAUCUCUUGAGGGGGGGAAAGGAGAACCCAUCCCUAGAGAAGUUGAGACCGAUCAUGGCGCCUUACUUGACGCCAGUUACUUCAUCUGCCCUGCUUCUCCAUCUCAUCCUCCUCAUAUCCAUCCCACGACAGGCUCUGAAACUGCUCUCGAUCCCAUGGCGGUUGAUGAGACUAAGGAUGAGGCAGGACCCGCAGAAGAGAUCAAGGAGAUUCCGGUUGUUGAUGUCAGCGUAGUGGAGGAAGUUGUCGGUGAUAAGGUGGUGAUAGAGGAGAACAAAUUCGUCGACAUGAAAGUGGCAGACCUGCCGGAAAUCGGCAAGAAGGAUCUGCUUCAAGAAGCAGUCAAAUCGAAUGUUGAUAAUGAUUUGGGCGUUUGCGAGUCAGUUCCUGUGAAGGAGGCGGCGGCCUUUGUCGGUGGCUUGGUGGAAGAAGAGAAGAGCGGCAGCGAUGGUAGCAGCGGUGGCAGUGGAGGCGGUUUUGGGAUUUGGGGAUGGAGGGUGACGGGACUAGGCGCUCUGUGUUCGUUGGGCGUCGCUGCUGCUACCAUCUGCAUCAUAUUACUUGGUCGCCAGAGGCAGAUGCAGCGGCAGCAGCAGAGCCAGAAGUUCAGAUUCAAUUCCUGCGGCGAUGAAUCGUGUUACUAAUCAUAGACGUGGAAGAAGAAAUAAGAGCUUCGCCCUGCAAUUCUUGCCCGAUCUUGGGUAGAAAUUUUAGGGGCAGUUAUGGAUUCUGCUUGUCAACGGGGCAAUCAUAAGAUUAGCAAGUAAGUUAAGGCGACCUUGCCUAUGGCAAGUUGAAAAUGGCGAUUAAGUUCUUGUAAGACUUUCUAGACAGAGGUGAAAAGCAAGAACAGCAGCCUCACCCCUGCCAUGCUUCCGGGGCCUCUGGGGUUCAGGAGACUUUCUGGCCCAAAUUUUAUGAAGCUGGAAGGGAACCUUGAAUUCGACAAAUUGUCAGAGAUGGGAGAAAAGGUGACUGGUAUUUGUUUAAGAUUUAAAACGGCUUUCUAUAAAGAUACAGUUGUGUUCAGGUGGCAUCUUCAAAAUAUGAUGCUACUACUUUAUUUUUUACUACUUUUUCGAGUCUGAUUUCUGUGUUUGGAUCCCAAGUCAAAAGGAGUUUUAUAUGGAAAAACAGAGGGAAGGCUAGGUGGUUUAUGCUUUUUUAAAA